AUGAUAAAAGUAACUCGAGUAAAAUAUCUUUUUGAGAACGAAACUCAAGGUAAUUUGUCUGAUAAGGGUGGGGAGAGUGAAAAUACUCAUAAGGGGGAAGAAGCUAGGAAGAGCUCCUCUGACUCAAUUGAUGAUUCUUCUAAUGACAAUAGAAUCGUUGUUGAAAGAGACCUUUCUGAACAAGCUCAAGAUUGUCUGAAAUUUAUGAGUUUACUUGUGAAGGUUGAAAUUGUUUACACUUUGCUGAAUCUUGAGCCUUAUUACCCUAAUUUGGUUCGUGAGUUUUAUGUUAAUCUCUCCCACCAGUUUAAUAAUGUAGGCAACUCGGACUAUAGAAAGGUUCAUAGGGUGUCAGACAUGCUUGGCUCAAGAAAGGUCAAUUGCCUUGCUUUUAGUGUGAAGUAUGUGUUGCUCCAUAAGAUAGGGAUUGAGAAUUGGUUCCCAUCUUCUCACAAAUUUGGUCUUUCUACUACUUUGGCAAGCCUUCUGUAUCAGAUUGAUACAGGGGCAGAAUUCAACUAUGGUGUUUUAAAUUUUAAUCAAAUUAAACGUCACAUUGGGUCUCAAGCCACCAAAGUUCUCUCGUGCUUUCAUAGACUUAUUUGUGGGAUUCUACUCGCUCAAAAGCCUAAUCUUCUUCUGAACUCUGAUGUCCCUAGACCUCUUAUCUCUACUUUGUCAUUCAGCUACAGAUUGUAUCAGGGUAAACAUGUUCCUGACCUGGUUCACACUGAUGUUCCUGUAACUGAAAAUGGUCCAGCUAGGAAGUUUCUUCUGACUCCAUGCGAAAAAAAGAUGAUGCAUAUGCUAGCGAAUGAAUCAAAAGAUCUUGGUGUUUUGGCUCAAAAUGUUUCUGCUUGUAAAAUUGAGGUGGAUGAUAUGUUGAAUUUAUUGCGUAGUGCUUUGGAUGGUACUAAUCAUGGUGAAAGCUUUGAUGCACGGGAUGACAAUGGGGAUGUUUGA